GCAUUGCACAUAAUCGAACUGCUUUGGCCAUAAGGGAAGCAUUUGAGCUUUCGUCAAGGUCUUACUUUCACAAUGCGGCAGUUCAGAAAUUUCCUGACGGUUUCUGCCAUUAUUGGAAAGAAAACAAAACGACCAAUUUUCCCAAAUUCUAUGGUCCGCCCGCCAUACCACUGACAUUCCCCCUUGGACACACAUUGAAUCAGCAUGGCUUCAUCGGCAGCGAAUAUCCUCCAGAAACAAUUCAAAGAGCUCACUCGGAAUCCAGUACCAGGAUUUGUGGUGGAUUUGAAAGACGACAAUAUAUUUUUAUGGGACGUUGCAAUCAUUGGGUCACCAAAGACCAUUUAUGAAGGCGGCUACUUCAAGGCUACGAUGACGUUUCCGGAAGACUAUCCAUUUCAACCUCCCAUGUUCCGUUUCAAUAACGACUUUUACCAUCCCAAUGUGUAUUCCGAUGGGCGACUAUGCAUUUCAAUAUUACAUCCUCCUGGCGAUGAUCCUGUUAGCGGCGAAAAGGCAGAGGAACGAUGGAACCCAACACAAUCCGUGGAGAGUGUUCUUAUGUCAAUUAUAUCGCUACUGGCUGAUCCAAAUUGCUCAAGUCCUGCUAAUGUAGAUGCGGGUGUUGCAUACCGAAAAGACAGUGAACAAUUUACGGCAAUUGUUAGAGCUCAAGUCGAAACGAGCAAGAAGGAUAUACCAGAAGGAUUUGUUAUGCCCAAAUCUGAAGCUGAUUUCAUGUUGACGGCACCUCCUGUCAUAGAAGAAGAUGAAAAUUUCUGGUAUGAUUCUGGUGAAGACUCAGAAUUUGAUGAGGAUGAUUUUAUGAGCGAUAACAGUUCACAAGAGUAAAGGCACCAGACCCUGGAACCCCGUUAUACAUACUGAAUAUGCGACCUUUCACCAUUUCAUUUCUCUGUUUUUCGUUUUGGCUUGUUUCUAAGAUUUUUUUUCAACGUAUUUUAUCUCCUCUUACUUAGCACUUAAUGCUUUUCAGAAGGAUUAAUACUUUGCCAUGUAAACUGUGUGGAACAAUAUACAUUUUCGCUUCUGCAGCCAGCCUUCGUA